AUGUCCCUUUAUAGCGAUGCAGCCACCGGCGUUCUUACGAGCGCCGCGUUGGACAAGUACCUCGAAACUUAUAACAUCAAUGAGCCUAGCGCAGAGAAAGGUAGUAGUACCCUUGGACUGACGCCUCUCGCUGUAGCUGCACGUAAUGGACACGCUGAGGUCGUCAGGCUACUCCUCGAUAAGGGUGCCGAGGUCGAUGCAUUUUCUACCCAGCGCCGUACCCCGCUGUGGAUCGUAACGUCCAGGGGUAAAGGCGACAACCGGGUUGAGAUAGUCGACCUUUUACUCAAACACGGGGCGAACGUGCUUUACUCAGAUUCAUCUCUUCAAAGCGGAUCCACUCCCCUUGUGAAUGAGUUGGCACAGCGAAAGGACCCUGAAGUCAUCCAACUUCUUGUCAAGAAUGGUGGCUCAACGGACGCGGCUGUGGAAGCGACAGCUAGGCUAGGCCGACCAGAGAUCGACGAAGCCAUGAAGUCUCCUCAGCAGAGAGGCUUUGCUCGCGAUUCGAUCGUCAGCCUCAUUCUGGCAUUUAUCCUCCUCAUCUUGGAUUUGGCCAAUAAUCUUAUCGAAACCGGUCACCAAAUCUUCAAUAAAUUCCAGAUUCGUGGAGAGCGGGAUAGCCAAAUGGCCGAGAAGAUCAAGGCGGAGAUACCAAAGCCGAAGACAGGAGAAGAGCUCAAGAAGAGCGUGGGCGACUUCGUUAGUAAACACAAGCUGGGAAAGUUCUUUAAGGAAGACAGUCAGGAACUGUUGGAGAAAAUCACUGUCAAAGCCGUUGAACUCCAAAAUGACAAGACUACCGUCUUGGGCGAACCCGACAAUGCUGAUAAUCUCGUGAAAUUUGCUCUUUAUCAGCCGGUUAUUUACUGCGAUGAUAGUGGAUCAAUGAACCCCAAGAACAACUAUGAAGGCGAAGAUCGCAUGGCAGACCAGCGCGACUUGGUUCGCAGGAUUGCCACGAUCUGUACCAAGAUAGUUCCAGAUGAACUCGGCGUACAUUUACGAUUCAUCAACUCUGAGCCUCCCAAUGCUGAUAAUUUGGGCAUGGACGCUAUCCAGGGAAUCCUUGAAGGAGUGAAACCAUCGGGAUAUACCGAGCUUGGGACCCAUCUUCGGGAGCGUAUCUUACAGCCUCUACUGUAUACCCAGUAUAACGACACGGUGAAGAAUAUGAAGCGACCACUGUUCGUCUCUAUUAUCACUGAUGGAGUUCCGUACGGGGGAUCUGGAUCGCCCGAGAAGUUGCACACGCUGAAGGAUGAAAUUGUGAAAUGCCAGAAUUACUUGCUGGAGAAUGGUCUCCCCUUACGCGCCGUGGUUUUCCAGAUCAGCCAGAUCGGGAGUGACCCAAGUUCCAAGAACUUCUUACAGAAGCUGAAGGACGAGAACCUUGAGAACGUAUAUAUCACCGCACAGCAACUGGAUUCGAAGUUCCGCGAGCUCAGAGACAACGAGAGAGAUCUCGAGGCUUGGUUGUUCCAAACACUCCUCGAGCCCAUCUUGGACACACGAUCUGACUAAAUCUCCAACUUGGAGGUUCCCUUUGGGAAUCGAAUACGGUCGGCCUUCAAAGAGCUAUUACUCAGAAAAUGGACUGAGUCAAUGAAGGUGCUGGGCUGAACACUUCUUCGCGAAAGUUGCUUCAUCCAUCGUUUUGUGGUUCCGAUAGUUGUUAUUAUUGCGGGGAGGUCUUUUUAUCGCACGAAAA